AUGACAAAAUCGAAAGGCAAUAAUAAACCAAACGAUCUGCCAAGAGCAUCUUCUUCAUCGCUGAAACCCAAUGAAAUUCAUCGCCGUAUCAACUUCCUACACCACGCUGCACAAUUGAUGUUCUCACAAAGCGAGAAUCGUGCAGAUGGAUUGAGUAAACUGGGAUGUUUGUUCAUAAAACAAAUGAAGGACAUUUGCUUAAUGGAGAAUAUUAAAGUGGACAAAGAAGUUGGACGAACUCUGUGCAAGAAAUGUCAAUGUGUUUUUGUGGCAAACGCAAAUCUGCAAAAUAAUCAGCCAGUUAGGAUAAGCAAUUGUCGUACUCGUUGGAUUGUUUUCAGACUGAAUCGAAAGCGACAGCUAGUGAGGACAUGCUUGAAUUGCGGUUCGAUGAAACGUUUCGCUUGCAAUCGAAAUUAUUUGUCUCGAAAUGAACGUAUGCAAACGGCAGAAACCACCACAACGGUCGUACCUGAUGAACCUCCAACCGAAAUCAGCGCCGAGUAA